AUGGCAACACCAAAGAUCCACUUUCUUUCCUCUUUCUUGUUGUGCAGCACCUUUCUCUGCUUCUUCCACUGCACAUUGUCCCUGCUGGACCCAGGGGAUGCGGUUGGAAUUCUGGUUCAAGCUGAUGAUGUUAAGAUGCUCCAAAACAACAGAGAUUCUCCGAAGGGAUGUGACUUUUCAGUUGGAAAAUGGGUUUAUGAUGACUCUUACCCUCUCUAUGACUCCGAUUGUCCAUAUUUAAGCUCUGUAGUUACUUGUCAGAAGAAUGGUAGGCCAGAUUCUGACUAUGAGAAGUGGAAGUGGAAGCCAACGGGUUGUACCUUGCCAAGGUUUGAUGCACUCAGGUUUCUUGGAAAAAUGAGAAGAAAGAGAAUAAUGCUGGUGGGUGAUUCAAUAAUGAGAAAUCAGUGGGAAUCUCUAGUUUGUUUAGUGCAAGGUGUUAUUCCAACUAGUCGAAAAAGGGUGACUUAUAAUGGACCUGCAAUGGCUUUCCAUGCCAUGGAUUUUGAGACUUCAAUUGAGUUUUUCUGGGCACCUCUAUUGGUAGAACUGAAGAAAGGUUCAGAAAAUAAGAGAAUUGUACACUUGGAUUUGAUUGAAGAAAAUGCAAGGUAUUGGAGAGGAGUUGAUGUCCUUGUAUUUGACUCAGCCCAUUGGUGGACUCACUCUGAUCAAACCAGCUCGUGGGAUUACUACAUGGAGGGAAAUAAUCUCAUAAGAAACAUGAGUGCAAUGAUCGCUUAUCAAAAAGGACUCAGCACAUGGGCAAGAUGGGUGGAUCAAAAUCUAGACCCUCUGAGAACCCAAGUCAUUUUCAGAAGCAUGUCAUCUAGGCAUAACAGGGAAAAUGGUUGGAAAUGCUACAAUCAGAAGCAGCCUCUACCAUUUUUCAGGCACCUACAUGUUCUUGAACCUCUGGGGGUGCUACAAGGAGUGCUGAAGAGAAUGAGGUUUCCAGUAUAUCUGCAAGAUAUCACAACAAUGACAGUGCUGCGCGGAGAUGGUCACCCUUCAGUGUUUAUGAGGGUAAUAAGCCAAGAUGAGAAGAAGAAACAAGGAAAGGGCCUUUCUUCUGAUUGCAGCCAUUGGUGCCUCCCUGGGGUGCCUGAUAUUUGGAAUGAGAUGCUGAGUGCUUUGCUUUGA